AUUGACAAUUGACAUUUGGGUAUGUGUGUGACGCAGUUUCAUCCGGUUUACAGCUGAUUGUCAAAAAAAAAAAAAAGGAGGAGGAGGUGUGGAGACUGCACUCUGCAGAGCUGAUAAAAUAAUAAAAAAAAAAAAAAGCCAACAAGAGAGAUGAUGUCUUGACUCAAAUAUAAAUAAAAUAAAUAGCUUGUUGAGUAAAAAAAUAAUAGUCCAAAGUGAUAAAUUGUUAAAUAGAUAAACAAUUAAAAAAAAAAUUGUUAUCAUAUUAUUACUUGACAAUUGACAAUUGUGUGUUGUGUACGUGUGUCAUCAUUAAAGUGUCAAAGAAAGACGCUAUUUAUUAGACGCCAUGAUGGAUGAUAUUUGUGAUAAUCAAGAGAUAUUAAAUUCAUCUCCAACAAAAAAGGUUAUUCAGGCCGACAAUAUUGACUUGUCAGACAAGUCAUUACAAGUUGAUAUAUCAGAUGCCUUGAGUGAAAAAGAUAAAGUUAAAUUUACUGUUCAUACCAAAACAACACUUCCAGAAUUUCAAAAAUCUGAAUUUUUAGUUGUUCGUCAACAUGAAGAAUUUGUUUGGUUGCAUGAUAGGUUUGAAGAAUCUGAAGAGUAUGCAGGUUACAUUAUUCCACCUUGUCCACCGAGGCCAGAUUUUGAUGCUUCACGUGAAAAAUUACAAAAACUUGGUGAAGGUGAAGGUACAAUGACAAGAGAAGAAUUUACAAAAAUGAAACAAGAACUUGAAGCUGAAUAUUUAGCAACAUUUAAAAAAACUGUUGCAAUGCAUGAGAUGUUUUUAACGAGACUAGCACAUCAUCCUGUUUUUCGAAAUGAUCAUAAUUUACGUGUAUUUUUGGAGUAUGAUCAAGAUUUAUGUGUACGUUCUAAAAAAAAGAUGGAACUAUUUGGUGGUAUUGUUAGAUCAUUUUCUGAAACAACUGAUGAGUAUUAUUUGUCAGCAACAGUUAAAGAUGUUAAUGAUUUUUUCGAUCAAGAAAUGACAUUUUUACAACAAUAUCAUAAUAAUUUAAAAGAAGGUACUGUUAGAGCUGAUCGUCAAACAUCAAAACACAAAGAUGUUGCUGAUUCAUAUAUUAAAAUAUCAAGUAAUUUAUUACAAAUAGCAACAACUGAUUCUGGUAAAUUGGAAAAAUUUUUAACAAAAAUUGCUGAAACAUUUGAAAAAUUAAGAAAAGUUGAAGGUCGUGUUGCAUCAGAUGAAGAUUUAAAAUUAUCAGAUACAUUGAGAUAUUACAUGAGAGAUACUGCUGCAGCAAAGAGAUUGCUUUUUAGAAGAUUAAAAGCACUUCAUACUUACGAGACUGCAAAUCGUACAUUGGAAAAAUCACGUGCAAAAAAUAAAGAUGUUCAUGCAGCUGAAAAAGCACAGACUGAAGCUUGUGAAAAAUUCGAACAAAUGUCUGACAAAGGAAAAGAAGAAUUAACUGAUUUUAAAACCAGAAGAAUAGCUGCAUUCAGAAAAAAUUUAAUGGAAUUAACUGAAUUGGAAAUAAAACAUGCCAAGGGUCAUGCUGAUUUGCUCAAAAAAUGUUUAGAUAAUCUUCGUGAAGAAUAAUUUUCUCAGGGUAAUUUAAUAAUUUUCUAAAAAAUUAAACAAAAAAUCAUGUCAAGCACAACAAUCAAGUGCAUCAAUCUCACAAUGUAAAAAAUAUAUAUAUAUAUUUUUUUUGUUACCUUUUUUUUAUUUUUUCUUGAUCAUAUAUAUAUAUUUUGUAAAAUCAGGAUGGAAUUUUUUUCUUUACAAAUACUAUAAUUAUUGAAAAUGAAAAUUUAUCUUUGAAAAAAUCAAAUGAAAAUCAUGUUAAUAAAAAUUAAUAUCAAGAGCUUUCAAGGCGUCAUCAUAAAAUCAAUUGCCGAAAAGUAAUAUUGUUUUUUUUUUUUUAAUCAAUUUAAUUUACACCUUGAAAUCAAUUAAUAUUAUUUUUGAGUUGAAUUAUUGUAAAAUUAAUUGCUCGAGAAUUGAUGAUAAUCUGUAUAAAAAAAAAAACUAAGAAUUUUUUUUUUUUUUUCUUAAUUCUAAGAUUCUUUAUACAUAGAAUAAAAAAAAAAAUAUAUAUCUAAAUAAAUGUUAUAUGAAAAUGAUAAUGUAUUGUAAUAAAGAACCAAUGGUAGUGUAUAAAUAAAUUUUUUUUUAGAAUUUCUUC